AUGGCGCCCACUAGCCCACGCCGUGAAAUUGUAAUAGUUGGGGGCGUGACUCUCAUUGAGGCGUCCGAGAUUGCAGGGGGGGCGUCAGGCAAAGCUGGCGGCCUUCUAGCAUUAUGGGCAUAUCCUAGCGAUAUUGUACCAUUAAGCUAUAAACUGCAUGCUGAACUGGCCAAAGAGCAUGGGGGAAAAUAUCGAUGGGGAUACAGAGAAGUCUCUUGCGGGCAGCUCAUCGCAAGAGGUCGUCCACUAAGUGAAAAGAAGGAAGCGGCCGAAGGGGAAUCUGGGAGUUUGGUGUCACUACAAAAGCGGAAUGCUGCCGCUAAGGCUCAACGGACAAUCCCCACAGCUCUACCAGAUCUUGAUUGGAUUGAACGGGACCUGAUGAGAGGAUACGACAGUAUGAGCGAGCCUGGAGAGACUGCUCAAGUUCACCCGUACCUCUUUACUACAUCCAUCGCGAAACUUGCCGAAGAGAAGGGCGCGAAUAUCACCUUUGGAUCAGUCUCAGGGAUCGGCUAUGCUGGAGAUGCCGUCCAGUCGGUUACCUACACGGACAAAGCAUCAGGCGAAUCACGCACGAUUCCCGCCACAGACGUGGUAGUUGCGGCCGGCCCGUGGACAAGAUCGGUUUUACCAGAAGCUCCUAUCUCGGCAACGCGUGCCCAUAGCGUCGUGAUUCGACCUACGAGACCAGUCAGUGCUUAUGCUUUGUUCACCAAUAUAGAAAUACCCACCAAUUUCGACCCAUCAAAACACUCCCACCCAACAGUUGCGAGACCGGAAAUUUAUGCUCGUCCUGACAAUACGGUAUAUACCUGUGGUGAAGGUGAUCACGUUGUACCACUCCCAGAGACGGCUGCCGAUGUCGAGGUUGAUCAAGCGCGAUGCCAGGAUAUCAUCGACCACGUUGGUAGUAUCUCCGAUGAGCUACGUGAUGGCCAGGUCUUAACACGUCAAGCUUGUUAUUUACCCAACGUGGAAGCCGUACGCGGAGGGCCAUUAGUCGGUCAUGCUGGAACCAAGGGAUUGUAUAUUGCUGCAGGUCACACCUGUUGGGGUAUUCAAAAUGCCCCGGGCACUGGCAAGCUGAUUAGCGAAUUUGUGUUUGAUGGAGCGGCCAAGAGCGCAGAUAUUGAGUCCCUUGAUCCCAGAAACUAUCUUUAG